UCGGCCGAUCUGAUUGGUCGCGCGGGUUCUGCCGGAUCUUCAAAGCCCGAGCCGAGCGCAUUUGUGCAGCGGUGGGCGGUGAAAGUCUCCAAAACAGCCGAGGGACUUAUAAAUGAGAAGAGCUUUCACAGGUGAUGGCAACUUCACUUCUUGGGGAGGAACCGAGGGUUGGAUCCACUCCAUUGGCCAUGUUAGCAGCGACCUGUAACAAAAUCGGGAGCUCGAGUCCCUCCUCGGACAGCGGCUCGUUUGGAAAAGGAGGUUUUCACCCGUGGAAACGCGCAUCGCCCAGCAGCUGUUCUCUCUCCCCGUACGGCGCGCAGCGAAACGACUCGUUCAGCGGCAACAGCUCGUUCUCCUUAACGGGCACCAACAUCUCCACCAGUCCGUUUGGAAACGACUAUCCUGUGUUUCAAACUUCAGUCGCCAACAGCUCUCAGGACGCGAGCGCGCAGUCGGUCUUCAUCUCGAAAGUGGACACUCUGCAGGGGAUUUACCCGAGGAUGAGCGUCGCGCACCCGUAUGAGACGUGGUUCAAAUCCACGCACGCUGGCAUCUCCGCCGGGGACGUGAGCGCCGGUGGCGGGUCCUCCUGGUGGGAUGUGGGCACCGGUUGGAUAGAUGUUCAAAGCGCGAACGGCGCCGCGCUCCAGACCUCUUUGCAUUCACCGUUGGGCGGGUACAACUCAGACUAUUCCUCCCUCACUCACUCCGCGUUCAGCGCCAGUCCGUCUCCGCAUCUCCUCACAGGUGGCCAGCACCUGAUGGACGGAUUCAAACCGGUUUUAUCCGCCACAUACCCAGAAACCAACCCAGGUGCUAACAGCGCAGUUUUAGCCGGGCCUCCAGUGGUGCCGCUUGCCGGGUCUCCGCGCUCAUCCACCCGGCGGUACUCCGGCAGAGCGACCUGCGACUGCCCGAACUGUCAGGAGGCGGAGCGGCUGGGGCCCGCGGGGGCCAGUCUGCGCAGAAAGGGGCUCCACAGCUGCCACAUCCCAGGUUGCGGGAAGGUAUACGGGAAGACAUCGCACCUCAAAGCGCAUUUGCGUUGGCACACCGGCGAGAGGCCGUUCGUCUGUAACUGGCUGUUCUGCGGGAAGCGCUUCACCAGGUCCGACGAGCUCCAGCGGCAUUUACGCACACACACCGGGGAAAAGAGAUUCGCCUGUCCGGUGUGCAACAAGCGCUUCAUGCGCAGCGACCAUCUCAGUAAACACGUGAAAACGCACAGCGCCGAAGAGCCCGGCUCCAACGGGGUUAAAAAGGGCAGCGAUACCGACAGCGAACAGAGUGCACCGGGCAGCCCAGCCUGCCAGUCACCGGAAAUGAUCCACAACACAGAAACCGUCCAGAACGGCCUCUGAAAACAUGCGUUCUUGAAGAUAAAGGCUCUAAACAGAGUCGAACCAUGACUUUUUAUUCUCAAAUUCCUUCGAAAACCAGUCUGGUACUUUAAAGAACGUAAAACACUGAUCUGCAGAACCUAUAAAGUUAAUCUUCAAAGAACACUCUUAAAGAUAAACGUUCCAAAUGGUGUUUUUCGGUUCCUCAAAGAACCUUUCAGCUUAAAGUUCUUAAAACU